AUGGCGACUCUGGCGAAUUCUAUGUCCCAUCUCCGGCGACUCGCACCCCGAUUGUCGAAAGAAUUGUUCACUUGCCGACAGUGCCUUGUGCGAUCUCAAAAUUAUGCGACCAAAGCGACUCUCCGCACACCUUCCAUCCCCGUCCCCCGAACACACAGCAGGAUCAAUUCGACUACCAUAAGCGAUAGGGCCAGAAAGGCUUUUACGAGAUGCUCCUCAAGUGCUGUGGCCGCCAAUGGCACGAGCUCACAGACUUCCGGAUCAAGUUUCCCCAAAGUUACCGACAAGACCGUGGCAUAUUGGUUACUAGGCAGCGCAGCAAGCGUUUUCGGUAUCGUGGUCUUUGGAGGCCUCACUAGACUGACAGAGUCGGGAUUGAGCAUCACCGAAUGGCGCCCCGUUACCGGAUCUCUUCCUCCUAUGAACGCUGAAGAUUGGGAAUCUGAAUUCUCAAAAUACCGUGCCUCUCCUGAGUUCCAGCUCUUGAACCCGAACAUGACCCUCUCCGAGUUCAAAUCAAUCUACUACAUGGAAUGGAUUCACCGUCUCUGGGGUCGAUUUGUUGGAUUGUCCUUCGUCCUACCAGCCGUCUACUUCGUCGCGAGAAAAAAGGUCAGCAAGCCAAUGGCUCUCCGAUUGGCUGGUAUUGCAGGCUUGAUUGGAUUUCAGGGCUUUAUUGGUUGGUGGAUGGUAAAGUCCGGGCUGAAGGAUGAUCUCUUCGCUCCCGGCAGCCAUCCCCGUGUUAGUCAAUAUCGCUUGACGGCGCAUCUUGGUGCCGCCUUCGCGUGCUAUGUUGCGAUGCUUUGGAACGGUCUUGCUAUCCUGCGAUCCCAUCGUCUUUUGUCUGACCCGGAAGCUGGGUCCAAUCUUCUCCGUUCCCUUCAGGAUCCGAAGCUCAAGCUUUUCCGCCGCUCCGUUGCUGGUCUUGCCCUCCUGGUUUUCGUGACUGCCAUGUCUGGUGGUCUUGUUGCUGGUCUGGAUGCUGGACUUAUCUAUAACGAGUUCCCGUUCAUGGGGAACGGACUUGCCCCGCCCAUGGAAGAACUUUUUGAUGCGAGAUAUUCAAGACACGAGGACCGCUCUGACCUUUGGUGGAGAAACAUGCUAGAGAACCCCUCGACAGUGCAGUUGGACCACCGUAUCCUGGCUAUGACAACUUUCACAUCUAUUAUGGCUCUCUGGGCCUACACCCGCCGGUCCCCUAAUAUGAAGCGAUUCUUGCCGCCCGCUGCGAGGAAAGGAGUCCACGGUGUCGUCGCCUUCGCCUGGGUCCAGGUCGGACUUGGCCUAUCCACUCUCCUGUACCUUGUACCUCUCCCUCUGGCUUCAGCACACCAAGCAGGAAGCUUGGCUCUUCUGACUUGGGUUCUUGUGCUUGGCAGCCGGGUCUGGCACCCUUCAAGGACCGCAAAGCUCCUGCAACAGGCGGCUAAAGCUCAGGGCCGCGCUGUGUCGAAUACGGCCCGUCAUCCUCCUCACAAGCUAUAG